AUGGCGACAACCACAGGUAUCGCGGAUCCAGAUCUCAACAAAGAGUACAACCACGACCCCGUGACUCAGGACCAUGCCAGCAAUGGAGUCAAUGGGGGUAACAACGGAGCGCAGCAGCGUGGCUUCGAUUAUGGUGGAAAUCCUCUGGCACACACGAACACUGGCCAAUCCGCUCGUUUCCCAGCUUUCGGUGGUGAAUUCCAGCCUGGGCUCUACAGACCAACCACCCACCGCAAGUUUGCCAAUCCAGCUCCCCUCGGUUUGAGCGCUUUCGCCCUCACCACCUUUGUCCUGUCCUUGAUCAACAUUGGCGUCCGAGGUGUGACUGAACCGAAUAUGGUUGUCGCAGUGGCGUUUGGGUACGGAGGUCUGGUUCAAUUACUUGCUGGCAUGUGGGAAAUGGCUGUCGGCAACACUUUUGGUGCCACCGCUCUCUCGUCUUACGGUGGAUUUUGGAUAUCCCUGGCAAUUGUUCUGACUCCAGGUGGAUUCGACAUCGAAGCCGCAUAUGUCACUGGCCCAACCGAUGUAAGCGGCACGAAGGCAUUCAACAAUGCCUUCGGGUUCUUCCUCAUUGGAUGGUUCGUCUUCACCACCAUUCUGCUUGCCUGCACGCUCCGAUCAACCGUCGCGUUCUUCUUUCUCUUCUUCUUCCUGGACUUAGCUUUCUUGUUCCUAGCUAUUGCUCGCUUCCAACAAAGCAGCGCGGGUGUCCCCAACGUAAAGUGCAAUAAGGCUGGAGGAUACUUUGGUAUAUUCGCCGCGUUCAUGGCUUGGUACAAUGCCCUGGCUGGUCUUGCAGAUGACAGUAACUCAUUCUUCGUCAUCCCCGUCGCACACUUCCCAUGGUCCGACAAGGCACGCAGCAGCAGAAGUACCAACAAGACUGAGCGCGAGACGGUCUGA